UUGUGGUAAACUUGAAACGUCAAACUCCAUCAUUAAUCUUUUGAUGGCGUUCUUAAAACGAUUCGAAUAUGAUGACAAACAUUUUGACGACAAUUCAAUAAAUAAUUUCAUCGAUGGUAUGAACAUUAAAUAUUCAGAAGAAUAAGUACAAAGCUUUUUUAAUUCAAAUUGAAUGUUAAAUUUAAGGGUAAUAGUAUCAUGCGCUCUUUUAUCACGCUCGGUUUUCUAAAGAAAAGACGUAAUUAAACUCUAUAUUGAUUUUGCAUUGAUUUAGCAUUGAUUUGUAUGUUUGUAUAAUGCUUGAUGACUUUGUGCAAAGUAAAGAUGAGUACUUGGAUACUAAAUGAUAUUCAUAAUGAUUUAAAGCAACUUAUAACAGCGCUUACUUCAUUUGAGGAAGAUGAAGAAGGAUUUCGGAUAUGUGAACGAUUUUGUUUGUCAAAUAUUAAACAUCAUCGCUACCUAUCCAUUGAUGGUAAUGCGACUAAAGAAGCUAUAAACGCAGUAAUCACUAAAUUUUCAAUCCAUGGAAAAUUUGAAGUUGCUAAAAAAUUUCAGGAACUAAUUGAUUCUUUUUUAUCAAGUUUUGAUUUUGAGCAGCAUCCACAGUAUGAUUUGCAGUGGUAUUUGUUAACAUUCUUGUUAGAUUUGUCCACUGAAACUCACAAGUCUAACUUAGAUAGCUUAAAACUCACGCGUGGUGAGUACAAUUUUAAUGUAGUUCUUGGAAAGGAAGAUAGCAUUACAGAAGAAAUAGAUUGGGCACAGUAUUUAAAGGAAGGCCAAGAGAAUUUCUUUUGCGAUUAUAAAAGCGAUGAUAGCGAGAGUGAAUGGUCUGAUUUAACAGAAGAAGAAGGAAAUGAUGAAAAUGAUAUUUCUUUGCCUACACAAAUAUCUAAUGUACAAUUAAAUAUUGCACAGUCUUCUGAAAUUCCUGAUGCAACAGAUAAAUUUUCUUUAGUAUUGGCUCAAAAUCUUGAAUCUAGAAAGUGGCUCUUGUCAAAUGUUCAAACUGAUUGGUGGAACAAUUUACAAUAUCAAAAAUAUCCUGUUAUCAAACGAUCUUGCGAUGCUAAUAUAUGUGAUAUUUGGCAUGAAACAAACUUCUCAGCUUUGUACAAAGUAGCUACUCUCAGUGAAUAUCAAGUGUGCAGAGAAUUAUUAUGGAUGUUUUAUGUUCAAACGUCGAUGGUAAUAUUUCAACAGGAAAGUAGUUCAAAAUUUUCAAUACGUUCUGAUGUAUCGAUACCAAGUUUAACAACUACUGCUUUUAAAAGUAUUCUAUUACCAUUCUGUGAAUGCUUUUCAAUGAUACAUGAUAUUGAAAAAUUUGGAGCUGAUUUGCAACCAACUUACAACCAAAAAUCAGAAUUUUGGUAUCCUCCUUUAACCUAUGAAGCAUAUAAUGCUGCACUUAAGCGACAUUUGUAUAAAUUUAAGAGUAAAGUAAUUGAUAUAGAAAAAGAUGUUUUGAAACAAGAAAAUUGCAAUACGUUUUUAUCUUUAUCGGCUAAUCUGAGAAAAUACUUAAACACUAUAAGGAUACUUCAUGAUGUACAUCAUAGAGUUAUAACUGAUUGGAAAAUUAGUCCUAAUUGGAAAUGUGCGUCUCGACUAUUAUCAUCUUUGUAUUAUGAAAUGCAAAAUUCUCAUAGUCGUGAAAGAAUCAAUAUUUGUACAAAUUUAUACUUAUGUAGUCUUACUGUUUAUCUUAACAUAAUUGAUACAUGGUUAAACGAGGGACGAUUAGAAGACUGGAGAGAUGAAUUUAUAAUUGUGAGAGUUCCAGAAAAUAUAUUAAUGGAAAAUGCUGAACAAGAUGAAAAAUUUACAGUUCGAUUAUUUGAUAAUAUUUGUUGGACAGAUCCAAUUAUGCAAUUUUUAUUGCAAAAGGUGCAACAUAUGGGUCACAGCAUUGAAUUACUUGUUUCUUUAGAUCGAAUUACUGAUAUAUGGAAGCAGGACAAUGAAAAUAAUGACAUGAGGAUCUCAUUAAACAUUGAACUACAAAAUAGAUUAUUAUCAGAAAUUUCUAAAUACAGUCCAGCAAUUGAGGAGACAGACACAAGUGUAUUGCAAAUCGAUAAAAUAUCAUUGCAAGAAUAUGAUGUCGACAUCGAAAGAAAUAUAAUAGAACAAUUAUCAACACUGCAUAAUCCAUUUCUCAUGAAAGCUAUGGAAGAUUAUAUGCCAUGCGAAUUAUAUAAAAAUGAUACAGUGGAUGCUUAUACGCAUGAUACCCGCGUUUCUAAAACGAAGCAAGAUCAAAUAUAUGAUUUAUAUAAAAAGCUACGGAAGAUGAAAUAUAUUUUACCAUUGCAAAAUAUUUUGGAGAAUACAUUGUCUGAGAUUUUAAUCUUGCGCUACAAUAGUGCUAGCAAAUUAGUAAGAAAUAUUAUGGUCGAGGAAUAUAAAUUACAAACGCAUUUGAAAUUAUUAAGAUUUGUUUAUAUGAUGGAAGCUGGACAUGUUAUGAAUAAAUUCUAUCAAAUCUUAUUUUACGAAAUUGAAAAUAAUCAAAUGUGGGCUAAUUCGUAUUUUUUGACAUGUAUUCUGGAAGAAAUAUUUUCUCAAUAUUGGCCAGAUACAAGCUCACGCUGGUCUAUCACAGUUCAAAGCAAUAUUAAUACUCAUCAAGUAUUACAAGCUGUAAAUGGCAUAAUACUACAUUACACAGUAGAGUGGCCCAUAAGUAUAGUGUUGACCAAGAAAAUCUUGGAAAAAUAUAAUGAAAUAUUUAGAUUUCAAUUGAAAUUGAAAUGGGCUCUAUGGGCGUUAAAUAAUUUGAGAUUUUGCGAUUUAGAGGAUUCUAGGUCGCCAUGUAUAAGGGAUAUAUUGGAACAAUUUCAUAUAAGACGACUUGAGAGCUUAAAAUUUUGGUUGCUACAUGCAAUAGGAUCUAUACAUACAUACUUAUCUGGCCAAGUAUUACAGAGUCUAGGUCUUAUAUUGGAGAAGGUUCUCGCUCAGACAGAUAGUCUUGAUACCAUUAUAUCAGUGCACAAUGAAUACUUGAACAAAGUUCAUGAGCAUUGCUUAUUAACAGAGGAGUUUGAAGAUUUAAUGACAACGAUAAAUAAUAUGAUCGAAAUGUGUAUUCAUAUACGAGACAGAUGGUCACGCAAAAAAUUAUUGUUAGCUUCUGCAGAAUUGGAAGUAAUGGAGCAAAGUUAUAUAAAGUACCAUACAUAUCUUGCCUUAGCUUUGCACAAUGCAGUACAACAUAAGGAUGCAGAUUAUUGUAAGUUUCAUAAUUUAUUAGCGAUACUUGACAUAUUUCAGCAUAAUUGUCCGCAAUUCAAUUAAUUGAUUAAAUAUUUUUGAAACAAGUCAUGAGAAAAAUCAAUUAAAAAAGUUGGUAAUAAGAAAUGUGAUAUUUGCUUAUCUUUUGCCAAUGAUUCAGAUAUAUAAUAAUGUAAUGAUUUAUAUGUACUUGAAAAUAUCAAAUCUCGAAUAUAUUUACCAUAUAUUUGAAAAAAUAAUAUUCCAAUAGCAUAUUAAUUAAGAAUAUUAAAGAACGAAUUGUUAUUGCAUGAUAAUUAACAUCACUUUAACUUAGUUAAUGUUUUCUACCUGCUUUAUUUGCAGUGACUGGCUUAAGUUCAGCUUUUAAUUGCAGUAUGCCAUGUGCUUAAUCUUGUAUUAAUAAAAUAUCCAUUCUCAUGCCAAUUUAACCAACCAUUAUCAAUAUGAUCUCCCGAUUUUCCGAAUUUAAGAUUAAUAAUGUCAUCAAAUAUUUCAUAUAUAUCAAUUAUUGCUUUAUAUUACAACUUAAUGCGAUUAUACAUGUAGUAUUUAGCCAGAUUGUUGUUCCCUUAUAUCAUUAUGUUACAUCUUGCAUAUAAAUAAUAUAAUUUUUUAAAAUAAUUAUACUAAUUUAGAUACAAAUUUGUUGUGAACAAGAAUUUUUAUUAUACUUAUAUAAUAUAGCAUUAUGUAUAUAUAUAUAUAUAUAAGAUAAAUUUUUUUUUGUAUUUGAGAGAAAUUGUUAAUUUAUUUUUAUAAAUAAAAAUCGCAUAAAAAAUUGUAUGUAGCACACUAUCCUGAAUGUACAUGCAUAAUUAUCGAUAUUAAUUAAUAUCCAACAUGAUUUCAACUUCCACAAAAAAAUAUCCUGUUUCCCUACCUAAUCC